CCACAACUACCGACCGACUUUAUUACCAGCACAUACACACAAAAUAAAUCAUACACAACCAAGCAAGCAGGCCCAACUAACACUACACUCUCUCAAGCCUACACGCAAUUCAAGACAUGUCUCCUCCCCCCUAUUUUUCAGCAACGUAUACGGCGGCCACAUCCAAGGAGGCCAUAUUCCUCGAGGACACUCAUGGCGCACACAACUACCAUCCCCUCCCGGUGGUCAUCUCGCGCGGUGAGGGUGUCCAUGUGUGGGACCCCGAGGGCAAGCACUACUACGACUUCCUCUCGGCAUACUCGGCAGUCAACCAAGGCCAUUGCCACCCGCGCAUUGUGGCCGCGCUAACCGAGCAGGCGUCGCGGCUGUGCCUGUCGUCGCGCGCAUUUUACAACGACAAGCUGGGCGCCACUGAAAAGUUUAUCACCGAGUUCUUUGGCUACGAGAUGAUGUUGCCGAUGAACACGGGCGCAGAAGCCGUCGAGACAGCAAUCAAGCUGGCGCGCAAGUGGGGCCACAUAAACAAGGGCCUGAACGACAAUGGCUUUAUCAUUGGCGUCGACGGCAACUUUCACGGCCGCACCAUGGGCAUCAUCUCGAUGUCGACCGACCCCGAGUGCCGCAACGGCUUUGGGCCAUUCAUGCCAAACAUCACGGCCGUCAACCCAGACACAGGCGCCAAAAUCCGCUAUAACCAUGCCGAGGACCUCGAGGCUGUUCUCGAGGCAUACGGCGACCGUGUGGCCGGGUUCUUGGUUGAGCCCAUCCAAGGCGAGGCCGGGAUCAAGGUGCCCGAGGCUGGGUACCUGAAGCGCUGCUAUGAUCUGUGCAAAAAGCACAAUGUUUUGUUCAUUUGCGACGAGAUCCAGACUGGAAUUGGGCGCACCGGCAAGCUGCUGGCCAUUGAGUAUGAGAAUAUCCACCCCGACAUUGUCAUUCUAGGCAAGGCGCUCUCGGGCGGUGUCUACCCGGUGAGCGCUGUUUUGAGCUCGCGUAGCAUUAUGAUGUCGAUCAAGCCCGGCGAGCACGGGUCGACAUACGGUGGCAACCCGCUGGCUUGCGCUGUCGCUGUCGCUGCACUGAAGGUCGUGCGCGACGAGAACCUCACCGAGCGCGCGUACGAGCUGGGCAAGCGCUUCCGCGAGAGCCUGCGCAAGAUCGAUUCACCGCUGAUCAAGGAGGUGCGCGGCAGGGGGCUGCUCAAUGCCAUCGAGGUCAACGCGAUUCCGGGAAAGACCGCCUGGGACCUGUGUCUGCUGCUGCGCGACCGCGGCCUUCUGGCAAAGCCCACCCACGACACUAUCAUUCGUCUCGCGCCGCCGCUCACCAUCACGGCCGAACAGCUGGACGAGUGCACCAACAUAAUCAUCAACGCAAUUGCCGACUACUCCAAGUGAGCGUUGAGAAAAAAGAGCAUUCUCUGCAUAGGCCCAGCUGCUACUACUUGCUGCUGCGCAUUGGCAACAGAAGGUGAUCAACUUGCACUUGGGCUUCAAGCUCGAGUUUAAAACACGCGCAUUCUUCGGGUGAUCUGACACAGUGAAGCUCAAAAACUCGUUUUUUAUUCUUUUUCGCUUUGCCAAUAUUUAUUACUUUCCGCAU